CUUCAAAGCCUGCAAUGUUAAGCCUUGGAGUCUUCGGUUUGGCAGUCCUUAUUCUGGGUAUUACAGGACGCUUUCGUCCUUCGGCCUUCUUAGUUAAGUAGAAGGGCAACCAUGAAACCCGGAUAUGGUGGCAAGAAGAACAAAAAGAAGAAGCAGAAGAAGCAAAAGGAUCCUAAGAAUGCAGACGCAAGCAUGAAUGAUGCUGCCAUGGUAUCGUCGGACGACGGCAUUGACUACACGAUUCCCAAGGACACUAGCGUAACAGCGGAGCUGACGGCCAAGGACCGGCAUAAGGCCAAGGUAUCGCAGAAGGCGGCGCUGAGGGUUAAGGUCGCCAAGCUCAAGCAGGCCAGGGCCAAGCUCACUAAGCUUCCCGGUAACAAGGUGCAGCGUAAGGAGGUAUCUGCCGCCAAGCAGGAGGCCUUGACGGAGUUGAGAGAGCUGCAGAAGGAUAAGACUGAGAAGAAGGGUGGCAAGAAGAAGAAGGGCAAGGGCAAGCAGGGAGCCGCAGCAGCCCCCGCUGCGGACGGCGCCGCAGCUAUGGACGCCGAGUAGGAGCGUUCUGUGGGGUUUGGUGUGUUGGUACGGGUCGUGCACGACCCAAGCAAAUGUAGCUUAGGCUGCGGCUCAGGUAAUGUCUGGGUCGGAGACGAAAGCUCGACCAGUGAAAGGAUUGGCUACUUGGCUAAAGCUUAGGAGUAUGCCUGAUGCGCUGGUAUGGGCAUCCGGCAUUCAUGUCCCUCUUGAAAGAUAUGCUGCUGAGCGCCCUCGUCUGCGGGGGGGGGGAUGGGGUUCCUUAAGGAACAUAAGAACACGAGCGUGUGGACGUUUGAAAAAAUGACAGUCUUGCUUUCACCCUUGGAACCCUGUGAGGUGUAACAUUGCAAAUAAUUGGGGUAGCGGCAAGCGCCGUAUGACUCACUGGGACAGGUGCACGUAAUUGCCAGACUCCUAGCUUCUAUUUUUUAGAUUUUACCAGAUAGCGUGUAGUACAGACAAGCACGGAAAGGGUGGCGGGGCUGACGUUCCGGCAACGCACGGCGUGGGGGACUCCCCACAGACCGGAGCGGGGGCUGGGUGUUUUAAAGGUAGAUAAAGCGCCCAAAUAACGCUAGGCUUUGACUCAUCCUGAGGCCUUGCGUACCUUGGCCAUUGUUUUUUAUUUGCGGAUGGGUGCCUUAUUGUAGCGUGAUCAUGUUGCUUGGAUGUUUGGCUGUUGCUUGCUGGGGAAACGGCGGCGCCGCGGAGGCGACUAGCAGUGGGGCGAACUUGGGGUGCGGUCUACCGUUCAGGUGGUGGCCUGUGCAUGGCUGUA